AUGCGAGGAUGUCUGCAGUUAGCCCGAUGGCUGAACGCAGCGCCGAGAGGUCCAACGGCGAGCCUCACAUCGGCCGGCUUCUCGUCCCAGUAUAACUCUCUUCGAUCCUUCUCAAACUCGGCGGCCUGGAGGGCACGGUCAAAGGGAUCUCCAAGUAACCCGAACACGGACCUCGAGAAGCGAAUCGCCGCCAUUCCGAUCGAUCGAUAUCGCAACUUCUGCAUUGUCGCUCACGUCGAUCAUGGCAAAAGCACCCUUUCCGACCGGCUACUGGAGCUCACAGGGACCAUCCAGCCCGGCAUGAACAAGCAGGUUCUCGACAAGCUAGAUGUGGAGCGGGAGCGGGGAAUUACGGUCAAGGCCCAGACCUGUACGAUGAUCUACAAUCAUAAGGGUGAAGACUACCUGCUUCAUUUGGUGGAUACUCCGGGCCAUGUGGAUUUCCGCGCCGAGGUGUCGCGCAGUUACGCUAGCUGUGGAGGUGCGUUGCUGCUUGUCGAUGCCAGUCAGGGUGUCCAGGCACAGACAGUCGCGAAUUUCUACCUGGCCUUUGCGCAGGGCCUUACAUUGAUCCCUGUCAUCAACAAGGUUGACUUGCCCUCGGCUGAUCCGGAGCGGGCUCUGGAGCAAAUGAAGACCUCGUUUGAGCUGGACACAGAGAACGCAGUUCGGGUCUCAGCGAAGACUGGAUUGAAUGUUGCGCAAGUGCUUCCUACGGUUGUCGACAAGAUUCCUGCCCCCGUUGGCGAUACCUCGAAACCGCUUCGCAUGCUGCUUGUGGACUCCUGGUACGACUCAUACAAGGGUGUUAUCCUUCUCGUGCGCGUGUUCGACGGUGAGGUCCGUCCGGGCCAGCAGCUCAUCUCCUUUGUCACUGGCCUCAAAUACUAUGUGGGCGAAGUCGGUAUCAUGUAUCCCACGGAGACACCACAAACAGUUCUCCGGGCCGGCCAGGUGGGGUAUAUCUACUUCAACCCCGGUAUGAAGCGUAGCCAGGAUGCCAAGAUUGGUGACACUUUCACGAGAGUCGGGUCUGAGAAACUCGUUGAGCCACUCCCAGGAUUCGAGGAGCCCAAGUCAAUGGUUUUCGUCGCGGUUUAUCCCAUGAACGCAGACCAUUUCGAACAUUUAGAGGACAGCAUCACCCAACUUAUUCUGAACGACCGAAGUAUAACGGUUCAAAAGGAAUCUUCCGAGGCGUUGGGUGCUGGAUUCCGCAUGGGCUUCUUGGGCACUCUGCACUGCUCAGUAUUCGAAGACCGGCUUCGGCAGGAGCACGGCGCGAGCAUUAUCAUCACGCCUCCCUCAGUUCCUGUCAAGGUAGUAUGGAGAGAUGGCACCGAAGAUAUUAUCACCAAUCCCGCAAAAUUCCCAGACGACGACAAUGUGCGUUUGAAGGUCGCCGAGGUCCAAGAGCCGUACGUGCUGACCACCAUAACCUUCCCCGACGAGUAUCUCGGCAAGGUUAUCGAGCUCUGUGAAGCCAACCGAGGCGAACAGCAGAGUAUUGAAUACUUCACCACGAGCCAGGUUAUUCUCAAGUAUGAGCUGCCAUUGGCCCACCUGGUUGACGAUUUCUUCGGCAAACUGAAAGGCUCCACGAAGGGAUAUGCUAGUCUGGACUACGAAGAGUCUGCCUGGCGAGCCGGCAAUAUUGUCAAGCUCCAGCUCCUUGUCAACAAGGUGCCAGUCGACGCGGUGGCCCGCAUCAUGCACAUGAGCCAGGUCAACCGGCAAGGGAGGCAGUGGGUGACCAAGUUCAAGGAGCAUGUCGAUCGCCAGCUGUUCGAGAUCAUCAUCCAGGCGGCCGUUGGGAAGAAGAUCGUGGCCCGUGAAACCAUCAAGCCGUAUCGGAAGGAUGUCCUGGCGAAAUUGCAUGCCAGUGAUGUCAGCCGGCGGCGAAAGUUGUUGGAGAAGCAGAAGGAAGGCCGGAAGAGGCUCCGCGCUGUCGGAAAUGUGGUGAUUGAGCACAAGGCGUUCCAGGCUUUCCUGGCUAAAUGA